AGCAAACCGUCUGUGUGGGUAAUUAUCGUGCAAGAUGAUGUACCAGCUGUGCGUCUAUCUGGCUCUGGUCGGUGGCCUAGUUUCAACCUCACCAGUGCACCAUUACUCUGAGGAAGAGUACGACCCGAUGCAUCCCCAGCGAUUCCUGUUCGAGGAGAUGCCGCCAGCGGCAGACCAACGCACCAAACGUUCGUCCACGUCGAUGCCUAAGCUACGCUUCGAGCCACCAACACCGACCGAACAUCAUCCCCAGUACUGGAACAAUCUCGCGCAAGACAUCCUCGACCGCCAGCUGCACAAGAACAAGCUCAACCGGAAGGUAGCCAAGAAUGUAAUCAUGUUCCUGGGUGAUGGACUUUCGAUACCUACGCUCGCAGCUACACGCGUCUACAUUGGCGACGAAAGUACGGAACUCUCGUUCGAGCGGUUCCCGUACGUGGGACUCUCCAAGACGUACUGUGCAAACGUGCAGGUCGCAGAUUCAGCAUGCACCGCUACCGCCUACCUGGCCGGAGUGAAGGCUAACUAUGGUACAAUCGGGCUCUCGGCAGCGGCUGCCCUCGGGGACUGUCAGGCACAGAACGAUACCGCCAACCAUGUGCAGUCCAUUGCCAAAUGGGCCCAGGAUGCUGGGCUGGCUACCGGAUUCGUGACGACUACCGAGGUAACGAAUGCUUCACCGGCCGGCAUGUACGCCCAUACGGCCAACCGUAACUGGGAGCAUAAUGGUGCUAUCGAGAAGGACGGAUUCGAUCCGGCCGUAUGCCAAGAUAUUGCCACCCAGCUUAUCCAUGACCCGGUGGGCAAACAGAUGCGAGUUAUCAUGGGUGGUGGCCGUCGGCAGUUCCUGCCAACCUACGAAACUGACAUCGAAGGCAUCCGAGGCAAGCGCACUGAUGGGGAGGAUUUAAUUAAACACUGGCAACAUCAUCAUUCCCAUCACCGAUCUGCAUACGUGCAGAACCGUAUCCAAUUACUCGAGACUGACACGGAACGGGGCGAGCUGGACUAUCUGCUCGGGCUGUUCGCCACCAAGCAUCUUCCCUAUCAUCUCGACGCGGACGCAGAGCAGACCCCCACGCUGACCGAGAUGGUAUCGAAGGCGAUGGACAUUCUCGAGCGCAACGACGAUGGCUACUUUCUAUUUGUGGAAGGUGGCCGGAUUGAUCAUGGGCAUCAUUACACUCAGCCGAUAAGAGCCUUCGACGAGACGGUCGAGUUCGCCAAAGCUAUCGAGAUGGCACGGAGCCGCACGAGCCAGGAUAAUACCCUGAUUGUCGUUACUGCGGAUCACUCGCACACGAUGACAAUGAGCGGCUACUCGAGUCGCAAAAAUGACAUACUCGGAGUUAAUAAUGGCCAGCGGGCGGAUGACGAUCUGCCGUACGCUACCAUCAGCUACGCCAACGGACCGGGCUACGAUCGGAACGUGCAGCGCGAAGCACGGCUGGAUCUCGGCCGAGUCGACAUGCGGGACAAAUCUUUCGCCUUCCCCAGCACCGUACCGCUCGGGCUGGAAACGCACGGUGGCGACGAUGUGGCCGUUUUUGCCAGCGGUCCCUGGGCGCAUCUGUUCAGCGGUACCUACGAGCAGCACUUUAUUCCGCACGCGAUGGCCUAUGCUGCUUGUAUUGGCUCGGGGCGUACGGCCUGUACUGCCGACCAAUCGUAAUACGGACAUCUUUA